CACAACUCGAGUAUAAAUCGGGGAAUAGUCGGUCGGGACGUGGGAGGAACACCGAUCGCCGCGGUCGGCUGGCAGCAAGCCACAGCCGAAGCAGCAGCCGACGUAGCAGCCCCAGAAUCUCGUCGUCCUUGGAUCAGAUUCUAGACAGCAACAGCGCGGCAUGCGAGGGAGUUAGCAGCAUGCGGAGUAACAGGACCUCGUUUUACUCUGCGAAUAUUCCGCUCAUUUAGGCAAGCCGCUGACAGUCCAGACCGAAGCCGCCAAGUGGCGAACCCACGGUCCAGUGGCUUUCCUUUCAAUGCCUCUCCCUGCCGCUUGCCACGUCAUGCACACCGCAAGUGACCGACUCUCCUAAGAUUAGGCCCCCUGGAAGCCAGCUUCGGAUAUUACUAGGAGCUUCCUAUGAACUUAGCUUCAGGUUGUCCUGACAAAGCAUCCCCCGGCAGAACGGCUUUGUUUGGAGAGAGAAAAAACUGAAAGCCACUUGUUCUCCUGAGUCUCUCUACGCACAGACGCAAGCGCCUUUCUCUCCGUUGGAAUUUUAGCUUCGGUGGGGCGAGAAGCGAGAGACAGAUUUGAUACCCUGACGAGUCCAGUUAGUCGCUCGCGUCAAUGGCUUCCUCGUCGAUUCAUCUGGAGAACACCCACCUUCAGCCGCCGGCGCUGCUAUCAUUGAGACCAACGGCUAUACCGCUUUCUUUCUCGCCUCCCAAUGGCGCAAGAGGCUCGAGGGGGAUCAUCCCCCCGACGGGGAUCGCUAUUCUCCGUGGCGGGGAGAAGCCCCGGAGCGGUGCCUGCGCGGAAACCUGCGCGGAGUCCGCACGCGCGGAAGAUCGCCACGCGCGGAGUGGCAGUGGACCUUACGCAGGCUCUUCCCGCGUCUGCGCAACGAUUGGCUCCCCGGCGUCGGGGAAUAAUCAACACUCUUCCCCCCCCGAGAGUGCCACCGCCUCCCCCUCAGCUCCCCCCAAGUCCCGCAUUUCUUCGCGCGCCCAGAUGCGCGCCGAGCUGGAGGCCGUGCUGCAGGGGGACUCCCCCGCGGAGCCCCGCUCUUCACCCCGGGGGAAAGCUUCCCCCUCAACCCCCCGCGUGAUCUCCGCCGCCUCCGCCUCCGCCUCAGCCCUCCGCAACUCCCGCAAUUCGGUCUUUGAGUCGCCUGUAACGCGCAACUCCCGCAAUCCUCCGCGCUGCGCAAUGGAGGCGCUCGAGCUGGAGGCGCUGCAGGGGAAGCUUCGUAUCUUGGAUACGCAGCGAGAGCUGAGCGCCGUCCGAUGCGCGGAGUUCGUCAACCUGAUCCAACGGUCGUGGCCGUCUCUCGAGGAAUGCAAGCGGAACGAAUCGACGAACCCAGCAGCUUCGGGUGCUCCCGGGCCUGAGCUUCGGCAAUCUCCCGAGCUCCGGCAAGCCGAGCCUGGCAGAUCCGGUCUGCUGCCGUCACGGAGGGAGUAUCAUGGAAGAGAGACUACUACUACAAUUACUACUAGCAGUGGACCGAUCCCUAGAUCGAGAUCCGCCGUUUGCUGCUCCGCCAUACAUCGUUGCGGUAGCGGUGCAGCGUUGGAGGGAUCGGAGUCUCUCAAGACACCUGGUAGCGGUACUACUGGUACCGGUACAACCGAUAGCAGCAGCCAUACUACUGCUGCUGCUAAUCUGAAGAAGGACCUCAGCUUCUACGAAGAUUCUCGAUCUAACGGGACUAACCCUAAACGCGGUUUGCGCCGCGGUUCUCCUAAAUCUGGGUCUCGGAGCGCCGAGUUUCCGCUGCAGUCUACACUCGAAUCAAUGGCGCUGGAUUCUCUGUGCGAAUCAACGACUCUCGAUUCGCUCCGGUGUGGGAAGGACUCGUCGCAAACGGGAUCGCUGGCGAAAGGGUCGCAGUUGACGUCCGUCGCACGGGACGGAACGAGCAGGAGGAGUUCUCGCGGAGUGGAUUUUGAAGCUACGCGAAAUCUGCCUGGUUACCGCGAGCGGAGGUUGGGGAGAUCUUCGCUGAGGCGCCACGUCAGCGUGAACAGCAGCCUAGACGCGUUCGCUACGGCCGGUUGAUUCGUGGAAGGAGUAACCGCUAGCAGCCUACUCCCUGGCGGAUCAAGUGAUUCGUCGCAGCCGCGUUCGCCGGAUUUGCACUCGCCGGGCGGCAUAGAAAAGGGUGCUACGAUGUACUCCCUAUGCCAUGGUCCCACAGCAAUCGUCGUGCAAUGGCUAUCCCAAUGCCCUGGUAAUCCCAGUGCCAUGGUAGUCCCAGUGCCAUGGUAGUCCCAGUGCCAUGGUAAUCCCAGUGCCAUGGCAAUUCCAUUGCCAUGGUAUUCCCAGUGCCAUGGUCCCAUGGUAAUCCCAACCCCGUAGUAAAACCCCCAAUACCCUGUUCAUCCCACUGACAUGGUGCUCCCAACGCCAGGGAAUCCCUAUGCUAUGGUAUCUCCAAUACCAUGGUCCCAUAGCGAUCCCAAACCCAUAAUAAUCCUCCCAGCGCCCUGGUACGGUAGUCCCAACAGAAAGGUAAUCCUAUUGCCAGCAUAGUAUCCCUUUCCACUGCCCUUAUUAUCUCAUGCUCCAAAUAGCCAAGGGAUUGUUGGUGGUACUAUACUAUGUAUCUGUAGUUCAGCAAGUGGCCUCACAGAGCAACUGACCUGUUUGGCCAGAGGAGGACUGCAAAAGGCAGGGGGGAUAUCAGUCUUGGCUUCAUGUACCCAUAUGUUUCAAACACAAAUCAUAUAUUCAAUCUGUAAUAAUUAGUAUAGCGGUGC